GCUAUGGCGGGUCCGUGUACAUCAGGUUUCUGGAAGUGGACGGUCCUGGUGCUGAUAGUAACGACUGCAACUGUGACUGCUCAAGGAGGUGCUCCCAACAUAGAGCUCAUCUCUGCCUGGCCCUCAGCUAAGCUGUACUACCAGGAGACCCUGACCCUGACCUGUCAUGGCGACGGUGACCCCGCACCGACCUACAGCUGGACACGUGACUCCGGCGCCCUCCCAGCGCGCGCAGUGGUCGAUGGGAGUGCGGGAACUUUAACCGUUCCGGAUGCCACAGACUCCGAUGGUGGAGUGUACACCUGCACAGCGGACAACGGAGUUGGGACUGUGUCGAUGAGCAUCACCGUGGUUGGUUGUCCUGACAUAACUACCUGUGCAGAUUCUGUGUCCACUUGCCGGAGCUGGGCUGCAAGUGGAGAGUGUAGCACAAACCCAGGCUACAUGCUUCUCAACUGCAAACUCAGCUGUGACGUCUGUUUUCCAAACUUGGGGGCUCAUUGCAUUGGUAUCCGCCGCGGUCGUUCCUGGGAUACAUGGGAAUGCUAUGACGUCACGGGUGUCCCCGAUACGGUCCGGAACGAGCUCAGUCUGGACGAUUUCUACCAGAAAUACCUCCACGCCUAUGGUAUCCCCAUCCUCGGCUCUUCCAUCGUGCCGGACGAAGCCCUCCGGAGAGCGUGUUAUGACGUGCUGUUCAUGUUUGCGGACAGAAAGGACAUCAGAGACUCCUACUAUAACUACUACGGUAGGGCUGCCAUCAUGGCGGACACUGAGCUGACGUUGGAUAUCCCUGAACAUUCUACCCUUGACCCUCUGUUCAACACGCGGGCCAGGGGUCUGGCGGCCACCGUCAGCAAACCCGUGUCCACCGGGGCUGAGGAGAACGUGCUCUGCUACAGCACUGACCGGUACAAGGGUGAAGAUAUCUUCAUCCGUGAGGUCGGGAAUGGACUGGACAUCCUUGGGGCCAGCAGGGUCAUCAGUGAUUUCCAAACACGCCUGAAUACAGCAUAUUUCAACGCUCUGGCCAAUGGACUGUGGGCUAACACUUACGCCAUCGGCAACAGCGAUAACUACUGGGGGGAAGGUGUGCAGAGCUUCUUCAAUGUGAACAUGGAGAGGGACCCACCUGACGGGAUCCACAACCACGUCAACACCCGAGCCGAGCUGCUGGCCUACGACUCAGACCUGUACGCUCUCGUAGCUGACAUCUUUCCUUGUGGAAACUUUCCUGCACAGCGUUGCGAUAAAGACUAUGCCAAUCACACGUUGAAGAUGGACUGUUUCUCUGAGAGCUACCAGAGGACCACCGUGGAGGGGGAUGCUGUAUGGGAAGGGACACCGACAUCCACCCCUGCUGCACGAGGUACGACUUCAACAGCGUCAGCGGCCCAUUCCUCUACAGCUGCGACUACUCCAACUAUGACACCGUCGCAGUUCUCAUUAAAUCCCGACAUAAAGGUCAUCUCAGCCUGGCCUUCAGCUAACCUGUACCACCAGGAGACCCUGACCCUGACCUGUCAUGGCGGCGGUGACCCCGCACCGACCUACAGCUGGACACGUGACUCCGGCGCCCUCCCAGCGCGCGCAGUGGUGGAUGGGAGUGCGGGAACUUUGACCGUUCCGGAUGCCACAGACUCCGAUGGCGGAAUGUACACCUGCACAGCGGACAACGGAGUUGGGACUGUGUCGAUGAGUAUCGACGUGGUGGGCUGUCCUGACGUUUCUACCUGCCCAGACUCGAACCCCGACUGUCCUAGCUGGGCUCGAAGUGGAGAGUGUGACAACAACCCAAGCUACAUGCUAAACAGCUGUCGCCUAAGCUGUGGCGUUUGUUUUCCUAACCUAGGAGCUCACUGCAAUACCAAGCGCCGAGGGCGUUCCUGGGAUACAUGGGAAUGCUAUGACGUCACGACUGUCCCCGAUACGGUUAGGAACGAGCUCAGUCUGGACGAAUUCUACCAGAAAUACCUCCACGCCUAUGGUAUCCCCAUCCUCGGCUCUUCCAUCGUGCCGGACGAAGCCCUCCGGAGAGCGUGUUAUGACGUGCUGUUCAUGUUAGCGGACAGAAAGGACAUCAGAGACUCCUACUAUAACUACUACGGUAGGGCUGCCAUCAUGGCUGACACUGAGGUAACGCUGGACAUUCCCGAACAGUCUAACCUUGACUCAUCGUACAACACGCGGGCCAGGGGCCUGGGGGCUACCGUAAGCAGACCCGUGUCCACAGGGGCUGAAGAGAACGUGCUCUGCUACAGCACAGACCGGUACAAGAAAGAGGACAUCUUUGUCCAUGAGUUCGCCCACGGAGUGGAUAACCUUGGUGCCCGGAAGGCCAUCAGUGACUGGACAACCCGCCUGAAGGCUGCUUAUGACGACUCUCUGGCAAAUGGACUGUGGUCUAACGUUUACCCUGAAUUCACCAAAGAAGAAUUCUGGGCAGAGGGUGUGCAGAGCUUCUUUAACGUAAACAACGAGAGCGAUCCACCUGACGGGGUCCACAACCACGUGAACACCCGAGCCGAGCUGCUGGCCUACGACCCGACCCUGUACGCUCUCAUAGCCGAAAUCUUCCCCUGUGGAAACCUCAUUGUCAACCGCUGCGAGAAGGACUAUGCCAACUACACGUUGAAGAUGGAUUGCCUACCUAAUAACUUCUACCGAAGGGCCACAGUGGUAGGGAAUGCAGUCUGGGGAGAGAUUCCGACAACUACUCCAUCUUCCUCGCAAGGUCCGACAACUACCCCUGCGUCCUCGCAAGGUCCGACAACGCCCCCUUCUUCCUCGCAAGCCAUAUCUACGCUGGCUCUCAAUGAUGCUGGCAUUGAUCAUCUCACAAUUUCCUGGACAGUCGUGGGAAGUCCGCUGGUCUCGCGCUACAGACUCCGCUACCAGCCGGCAGACGGGUUCAGCUCGUACCAGGACCUGUACCCCGCACCGGGAGCGGACGCCGUCUCCGCCACCGUGUCGGGCCUGCUGCCUGAAACAAGCUACACUCUCACGCUCACUUCUUUUGGCGUUGACGAUCAGCCAAAUGGAGUUCUCAGCGAGACAUACACCACAGAUUCAGUUGUGGUUAACGUCGAGUGUGACCAAGACAGCAUGACCAUCUCCAUUCCCCUCGCGGCGCUGCCGGCUGUGGACGUUGAGAACAUGCAUCUUCUGGACCCCAGCUGUGGUGCAACUGUAGACGGAGAUGUCGUCAUACUGGAGACUAACCUGCAGGAGUGUGGGACCCGACAGGAGACCUCAGGGGAUGACAAAUUCAUCUUCUCAAACGAAGCCAUCGCCAACCAAGUGACUUAUGCGAACGGUGCAGUACGUAAACAGCCGAUAAACCUGCCCUUCCAGUGCGAGUUCCUCCGGCAGUACGAUGUUUCCCAUGGCGGGGCCAUCAUGUACAAUAUCCCGUCUCCACGUGUUCGAAUCGUUCAUGCGAACAACACUUUCACCAUAGAGAUGCAGAUGUACACGUCUACAGACUUCAGUGCAAGCUACGACUCCAUUGACUAUCCAAUUAAGGUCACACCCUCUGAUCGCAUUAACUUCGGCCUGAGCGUGACGUCAUCGCUAGACAACCUGGAGCUGUUCGCCCAUAACUGUGUCUCCACCCCCACAACCAACGCUAACGACUCCCCACAGGUCAACAUCAUCGACGAUGGCUGUCUGGUUGAUGAAACUCUACAGAAGAACAAUGAUCUCUCUAAUGACAAGUCCCUGUACUACAGCGUGGAGGCCUUCACGUUUCCCCAUGCUCUCGAUCCCAGCCUGGUGUACCUUCAUUGCACCAUGAUCAUCUGCUUUAAGGAUGAUCUGGACUCGCGGUGCAAGCAGGGCUGUGUUCCGGCCGCUAGGCGUAGGCGUGCGGUCAUGGGCGGGACGGAGAGCAGAGUCCGCCGGGAGAGCAGCAGGGACCAGGCGGUGCAAAUCACCGCAGGACCGUUCGAGAUGGAGGAUAAGGAGGGCGAAGAAACAGGAGCAGGGCCAACUACAGUUCCGCUGGGUACCGCAGUCGGAGCGUUCGUUGGGGUUGCCGGAUGCAUGAUGCUUCUGAACCUGGCCGUGGUUCUCGUGAAGAAACGGCGUGGCCUCACUCCGGGCAGCAAGAAGUGCGCUGACGAUGAUGGACUGGACAACUACGCAUACCACGCCGAGGAGAAGACCAACAAGACUGACGUUGCUGACAACAAGGCUUAAGACGUCGUCGGUCAACAAGAACCAUGGACUCAGAAUGCUUAUAAUAAGGACAUGUUGAUUUAAUAAUAUGGAUGAAAAUCUGUUGGAAACCUAAAACUGGCGCGGGCAUGCAAA